AUGUCGGAGCACGAGACGAAGGAAACGCUGACGAGCGGCGCUGAGGCCGAGCACGAGCCCCAAUUUGAGCCGGUGAUCAAGCUCGAGCACCAGGUCGAGGUGAAGACCAACGAGGAGGACGAGGAAGUCCAGUUCAAGAUCCGCGCGAAGCUUUUCCGUUUCGACAAGGAGUCCAAGGAGUGGAAGGAGCGUGGCACCGGCGAUGUGCGCCUGCUCAAGCACAAGGAGACCGGCAAGGUCCGCCUCGUGAUGCGCCGCGACAAGACCCUCAAGGUGUGCGCCAACCACUUUGUCGCGCCCGAGAUUAAGCUGCAGCCCAACGUCGGCUCGGACCGCUCGUGGGUGUACAACGUGACUGCGGACGUCUCGGACGGUGAGCCCACCGCAGAGACGCUCGCGAUCCGCUUCGCCAACUCGGAGAACGCGGACCUGUUCAAGAAGGAGUUUGAGACUGCGCAAAAGUCGAACGAGUCGGCUGGCCCCGCCAAGGAGGAGAAGAAGGAGGCGAAGGAGGAGCCCAAGGACGACAAGAAGGAGGACAAGAAGGAAGAGGCCAAGGAGGAAGCCAAGGAGGAGACCAAGGCGUAA